CGAUUAUCCAUCAAACCAAAACCGUGAGGACACUCUGGAGUUGGCGGAGUGCUUCCCGAUGCUCUUGCGACUCCAAUCCGUGGAAAAGUGUGGGAAUUAAUCCAUAAAGCGGCGUAUGAAUCGAGGGUUCCUGCUUUCUGAAGAGGGAUUUGGACCAGCUUGCUGAGUUGUCUCCCCUGUACCAGCCACUUUUGAUACUAUUAUUGGUAGUCAAAAAUUGGGAUUACCGUUCUCGAAUCAGCAGCUAGCAUUAGCAUUCUGUCCCUAGUUGUUCGUAGCUGGCUGUCUCCGCUUGGAGGUAAUUAUUGCCAUUAGCAAUAACGUCAGCGAUAACUAUCACCUUACCAAUAGCAUUAGCUGAGUACACGUCAGCUGGUUAGCAUUAGCUGCCAAUAUGGAUCGCAGUAGCUGGAGCGGCAGUGAGAGUCCGGGGGACGACAUGGAAAGACUAAGUGACUCUGGAGGGGAUAAAACAAUGGAUGGGGACCCUGAGGGGGUCUGGAGCCCCGAUAUCGAGCAGAGCUUUCAGGAGGCCCUGGCAAUCUACCCGCCCUGUGGACGGAGGAAGAUUAUACUGUCGGAUGAAGGAAAGAUGUACGGUCGAAAUGAGCUGAUAGCCAGAUACAUCAAGCUCCGAACGGGCAAGACGCGGACGAGGAAACAGGUAUCCAGUCACAUCCAGGUUUUAGCCAGAAGAAAAUCCAGGGAGUUUCAAUCCAAACUAAAGGACCAGAAUGCCAAGGAGAAGGCGCUGCAGAGCAUCUCCUCCAUGUCUUCGGCUCAGAUCGUCUCAGCCACCGCCAUACACAGCAAGCUCCUGCCUGGGAUCGUACGGGCCAGCUUCCCCAGCAAUGCACAGCUGUGGCAGGGGAUGAUUCCUGGAGGACAAUCUAGCGCCGCCACUGAAGAUAUUAAACCAUUCUCUCAGCAAGCCUACUCUGUGCAGACAGCGGGGAUCACCACAAUCUCAGGCUACGAGCCUCCUGCUGCAGCCCAAACACACAGAGAGCCAGCAUGGCAUGGUCGCUCCAUCGGCACCACCAAACUACGACUGGUAGAGUUUUCAUCUUUCCUGGAGACACAGAGGGACCAGGAGGCAUAUAACAAGCACCUGUUUGUGAACAUCAGCCAGAACAACCCGAGUUACAGCGACCCCAUGCUGGAGUGUGUGGACAUCAGACAGAUCUACGACAAGUUCCCCGAGAAGAAAGGGGGCCUGAAAGAGCUGUUCGCCAAGGGCCCGCAAAACGCUUUCUACCUGAUCAAGUUCUGGGCGGACCUAAGUUCUAAUGUGCAGGACGACCCGGCAGCGUUCUAUGGAGUCACCAGCCAAUACGAGAGCUCGGAGAACAUGACCAUCACCUGCUCCACCAAGGUCUGCUCCUUCGGCAAGCAGGUGGUCGAGAAGGUUGAGACGGAGUACGCACGGUUUGAAAAUGGCCGCUUCAUUUACAGAAUCAGCCGCUCUCCGAUGUGUGAAUACAUGAUCAACUUCAUCCACAAGCUCAAACACCUUCCUGAGAAAUACAUGAUGAACAGCGUGCUGGAGAACUUUACUAUUCUGCUGGUUGUGAGCAACAGAGACACUCAGGAGACCUUGCUGUGUAUGGCGUGUGUGUUUGAGGUGUCUAACAGUGAGCACGGAGCUCAGCACCACAUCUAUCGACUCGUCAAGGACUAACACACACACACACACACUUAUCAAACACACACACAUAAGGCCUUUUGCUUGGUGAUUAAUGGUGACAUUGGAGGUAAAAUGUCAAAAAACAGAAUUCUACAAAAGUGUCUUUCAGCCAAACUACUCGACAUAGUGAGAAAGGAAAUGGCUUCAUUUUUACUGCAAAACAUCACAAUAAUAAUUGGGUAUUUUUUGUAUUAUUAAAAUCAGCUAUAAAGCAGUUUGCUUCAGGAUCCUCCAUUUCAACACAACAAUAUUCACUCCAACCUCUAUAUCAGAUGGUAAUUAGCUGUAAAAAAAAUACAUUGAUUAUUAAAAAAGCACAAUGAAUCACAUCAGAAUCUAACUGGGUGGUUUCCCCAAAAACAUUCUGAAUCUGAUAUCACCGAGAGACGUCUCCUUCUAAUUGGUUUCUUCCCUUUUUUCUCCCAAUAAAUUUGUAUUUUGCUGUUCUGUAGAUGGAAAUGAAAGUGUUAUUUCUGUCAAGUGCUUUUGGGAAAUUCCACCCUGGGAAAAUAAAUUAAAUUCCCUCCUCCCUGUGACAAAAGAGUGUGUGUUAUCUGCCAAGAUACUGACGGACACUGAAGGUCAGACCCUGUGUAUCAUCAAUAACAAGAAAAGAAAAUAACUAUUGCAUUAUGCAUCAUAUAGUACACUAUAGAGUUGGUUUUGUACAUAUAUCCACUGCAAAUUGUGUGAGCUAGAU